AAGAAUAUCAAAUAUCAAAUGAAUCACGUGUUCGGAAUUUUUCCGGCUUUUUAAGUUGAUUAAUAUCAUUUAUUUAUUGCAUUGUCAUAACGUUGGAUAUUAUAAAUAUAUUUAAUAAAGUAUUUUUUAAUAUAAAAAGUAUUUAAACAUGAACGAGUACGAAGAGUUAUUAAAAUGGUAUCCACAACUAAUAUUGAUAUCUAAAAAUCCAGUAACAUUGCACGGUUUAUUGAAUAUAAACAACAAUUAUCAGAUAGAAAUGAAACUAAAAGUGCCUAAAUAUCCAUCAUUGAAACACGCAACUGUUCACUUUGGUAAAAAAAUAUCAUUGAUGUAUGGUACUGAUUUUAGUGUAAAAAUUAAUGAUUUAUUGCGUGGUAAAAAUUCUAUUAUGUCGUUUUUAAAUCAGUUACAAAAACUAAUGGAAACAAUUAUCAAAGAAAAGCACGUUGAUACUAUUGUCGAUGCUGAUUGGUUUGAUAAUUAUAAUUUAGAAGAAUUAAAAUCUGCUUUAAUUAUUCCUGAUGUAAAUAUCUAUGCUAGCAGUGGCUUAGAAAUAAUUAAAUUGACGUACAAAGAUAUUUCAAUAAAAUUGAAACAAACAAAAUCGUACAACAAUCCUUGGAUUAUUGUGUCAUCGGAUUUACCUGAACAAAGAACUCUUCCAGCACUUGAAACAUGCAUAUCAACAUUGACUGAAGCUGCAGAGGCUCUUAAAACAAGAGUCGAUUCAUUGGAAAAUAUUUGGAUUGAUUUGAGAGAUAUUGAUAACAACUGUUGGGUGAUUGACCCUGUGAAACCAAAGCCUUCUCAUCUUUACCGAAGAAUUUACAUAAAUCCAGCCUUAUCACUUCUCAUAACUCCAGAUCCUUCUUCUUCUGAACGUUUGCAAGAAAUAAAAGUACUUGGGAGCGAUAAUGAAGUAGCUAAAUGUCAAAAUACCAUUACAGAAAAUUUAGAAAAAUGGUCUGGUGAUAGAUCAAUCAUUGAAAAUCUAUUAGAUUUACUAGAUAUUGACGAAUUACCUCGUCCACCAGAUGAAAACCGUCCAGUACAACCAAAUGACGGUAUUGUUGAUGAUCAUGAAUGCUGUAUUUGUUUCUCGAUGGAAUCAGACAGCGGUGAAACACCAUCAGAAGUUUGUAAUAAUGAAAAAUGUCAACGUUAUUUUCAUUCUUCAUGUCUUCUUCAGUGGUUACAAGUGGUAGCAGGGAAUCAAAUUUUUUUCGAUCGUAUUCAUGGUUUUUGCCCAAACUGUAAUACGAAUAUAUCAUGUGCGAUCGUAAGUAACUAAACAUUCCCAGAGUACUAUUUAUUUAUUUAAACACAUGAUAAUUCAUAAAAUUACACUCUACGAUCCAUUUUUCAAGAGAAAGAUUGAAUUUUUCUGUACCACAAAUCAAAACUAAAGAGCUGCUCGCCGAAUAAUUAUCUAAAAUACAUUUA